AUGUCGGCCCCAUCAUCGACAACUGUCGCCAGAAGCAAGUCGACUUCUUCACGUUCCGAUAGACCUCCUCCAUCAGAGCUAAAUCGCACUCGGUCAACUGCGGUCCGCUCUACCCAACCUUCCCAGCCUUCCCAGCCCCCAUACUCUUCCCAUGACCGUCGGAUGCCUUCUCGCCGUGAGCCCUCUUCUGAGCGGCCAGACACUGCCCGUGAAUCUGUCCGAAAACAUGAGCGCAACCCCUCCGCGCAGACCCACCACCGAGACGGUGAUGAUGGUGCAGGCACUGUCACAGCCGACCGUGCGACCGAUUAUGUGACGUCCGCAACCGCCUCGCAACCCAGACGCCGGACUACGCUCACCACUCCCACUGGUCAAUGGGCACUGGGCAAGACAAUCGGCGCUGGAAGCAUGGGCAAGGUGAAACUGGCGAAGAAUAUGGACACUGGCGAGCAGGUCGCAGUGAAAAUCGUCCCGAGGCUCUCAACCGAGGAGCAUCGCAGCACCCGAGAAACCGAGAGAGCAGAUCGCUCGAAGGAAAUCAGAACGGCCCGAGAGGCUGCCAUUGUCAGCCUCGUCAACCACCCGUAUAUCUGCGGCAUGCGAGAUGUGGUGCGUACCACAUAUCACUGGUAUAUGCUUUUCGAAUACGUCAACGGUGGUCAAAUGUUAGACUACAUUAUCUCCCACGGCAAGUUGAAGGAAAAACAAGCGCGCAAAUUCGCUCGCCAAAUCGCCAGUGCACUGGACUACUGUCAUCGUAACAGCAUCGUCCAUCGUGAUCUGAAGAUCGAGAAUAUUCUCAUUAGUAAGACCGGCGACAUUAAGAUUAUUGAUUUUGGCCUGAGCAAUCUCUUUUCCCCACGAAGCCUACUCAAGACAUUCUGUGGUAGUCUUUACUUCGCUGCUCCCGAAUUGCUCCAAGCAAGACAGUAUACUGGACCAGAAGUGGAUGUCUGGAGUUUCGGAAUUGUCCUUUAUGUUUUGGUUUGUGGCAAAGUACCAUUUGAUGAUCAGAGUAUGCCUCAACUGCAUGCCAAGAUCAAAAAGGGCGUGGUAGAGUACCCUCCAGGUCUUUCAACCGAAUGUCGUCACAUCAUCUCUCGCAUGUUGGUCACAGAUCCAAAGCAGCGUGCCACCUUGAACGAAAUAAUGACACAUCCGUGGAUGAAUAAAGGAUUCAGUGUUCCCCCUGAGAACUAUCUUCCUCAAAGAGAAGCCUUGCAGCUUCCAUUGGAUCCAGAAGUUAUCGAGAAGAUGACCGGCUUUGAUUUUGGUCCACCGGAGUACAUCAAUUCACAGCUGACCAAGGUAUUGAACUCUGAAGAAUACCAACACGCUGUGCGACUUAACUACCGGGAGACACCUUUAAGUCAGGCCGAAAAGAAACGCGGUGUUUUCGAUUUCUACAAACGACGCAACUCCGCUGCUAGUCGUGAUACUCUUACUACUUCGCCUUCCGUCGAGGCCAUCCAGCUGGGCAACGACCCAUUGAAUGCAUUCAGUCCGCUAGUGUCGGUAUAUCAUCUUGUCAAGGAGAAACUUGACCAGGAACGACUAGAAGCCCACCCCAGCGAAAAAGUUGCCAUCCAGAAGACUCCGGCGACUUCGGGUGAAAUUUCGGUACCCGAGUUGGCGCCUCCAGAAGCCGCCUAUACCAACCAAUACCAAGUUCCAGGAGAAAAGGAUACAGGCCGACGGUCUCGCCCACGAGCUAGAACACAUGGCGAAGACGAAGUUACGGAGGGCAUCAAGAACUUGCACACAUCCUCACCCGCUGGACGCCCCGAGGUUCUCGCAAAGAAAGAAAGUACCGCUGCUGGUAUUUUGCGGCGCUUCAGCACCCGCAAAACCAAAGAUCGCAGUCGCGAUGUCGAGCGAGACCGCGUCAGCACCCCAAACACUCCUACAUUCAAUGUCCAACCUCCCGCCGACUCGGCUUCUCCAUUGCACCGUGGAUUUAGUGUGCGGCGAAAUCGUCGGGCUGAUCCAUCACCAGUGCCCUCUCCUGCGACCAGCCAGCCUCAGCAAGAUCUUCUCACAGCCCCCAACACAGGAGCAACACAGCCAAGUAAGGUAUUGGGACGGUCUACCAGCGUCAAUUCUUCAGACUAUCGAACUCGACGAGCAGCUAGACGGGCCGAUGAUGAAACAUUGGAUGCCGAACGACAACCUCCUUCAACAAGCGGCUCGGAUCAGGCUGGACCUAAUGGCCAGAGAGAUCAAGUCGGUACCAAGUCUGCUUCUCAAAAGCAUACUGCGCGCACCAUGUCUUUGGGUCAUGCCCGCCGCGAAAGCAUUCAGGCCCGACGCGCUCGACGCGAAGCGGCCCGAGAAGCCAAUUUGCCAGAAGAGACUGACGCCGAUAUUUCGGGAGCAGGUACGGCUCUUGAAAGUGCCAACGAAGGCGAAGAUCUGUCCAAGCCAGUUUAUCUCAAGGGUCUUUUCAGUGUGUCAACCACUAGCAGCAAGCCCCUGCCUAUGAUCCGAUCCGAUAUUAUUCGCGUCCUGAAUCAGCUGUCUGUAGACUAUGUCGAGAUAAAGGGUGGAUUCAGAUGCCGACAUGCCCCUAGCAUUGACCUUGAAACCGUUGUCGACAAUCCACCUAAUGAAGAUCGACAAGGCCAGAUUUCGCACCGCCGCCGGAUUAGCUUUGGCGGGCUUCUCGGUCACGAUGAGACCCGAGAUGAAAACCAAUCGGCACCAACACGGCUGCCACGUCGCGGCCAAGCCGCCCCAGAUCACAGUUUUGUGACCAACUCCGACGCAUCCGAGGAAUACAUUCCCCGGGAUAAUCAGCGCAAUGGUCCUGUGGGCGAGCGAGUGGUUGGAGAGACCACCACCCGUGUACAAAGCGAUACUGGAGAGAACCUCAUCCUUCGCUUUGAGAUUCUUAUCGUGAAGGUUCCCGUGUUCUCGCUCCAUGGUAUCCAGUUCAAGAAAGUCUCGGGUGGUAUGUGGCAGUACCGAGAAAUGGCCAAGAAGAUCCUGGAUGCUUUGCGUCUGUGA